GUACCGCGGCAGACGGGCACGGAGGCAGUGUGGCGCCGAGCAGGGGUGACGAGCGGAGGCCUGCGCUGAGCGAGACAGGACCGGCGGGGAGCGGACACGCUGACACUGCUCGGAGCAGCCCUUCAGGCAACGGCUGAUGUUCCGUCGAAGGCAGCGACUGCUGGCUUCAUGCGGCCUGUUCCUAGUCUACGUGGCGGUAUCACAGCUGGCAGCGCGCUACUCGGCCGGCCCUUCGUCAGAAACCCAUCCAGGAGGCCGCCGGCUGCUGCAGACGGUGGCGCUCUCGGAGCCGCCGCCGCCAGCGCAGCUCAACUGCAGUCGGCCGGCCAUCGAGCGGUUUCCGUCGAGCGGGCUGACCCAGGACCAGCGCCGACAUGGAGGCGUGGUGCUCUACAUCGCCGCCGCGCUCUACUGCUUCCUCGGACUGGCCAUCGUCUGUGACGACUACUUCGUGCCGGCGCUGGAGGUGACGGCCAACUCGCUGGGUCUGAGUGAGGACGUGGCCGGUGCCACUCUGCUGGCGGCCGGCAGCUCGGCCCCCGAGCUGGCCACCACCACCCUCGGCGUGUUCGUCACAAAGGACGACAUCGGUAUCAGUGGCGUCAUCGGCUCCGCCGUGUUCAACGCCAUGCUGGUCAUCUCGCUAGUCUCCCUGCUGGUCGACGACAAGAUCCGCAUCAAGUGCUACCCCAUGCUCAGGGACAUCCUCUGCUACCUGAUCUCUAUCGCUGCCCUCCUCGCCGUCAUCUACGACAACUUCAUCGCGUGGUACGAGGCGCUGGCGCUGGUCUCCAUGUACGUUCUCUACUGUCUGGUGAUGUGGAAGAACCGCGCCAUCGAGCGCUGGAUCCUGUCCCGCUAUCUGAGCGCGCCCAGCGCCGAGAAGCGGUCACUGAUGACGCGCGACCACCAGCCGGCCGCCGCCGGAGACUCCGAGGAGGCUCAAACUGAGGAAAACGAGGAAGACGCGUCGGAGGCGAUAGAGCAGGAGAUGACUGCCAAUGUGCACGAGGUGCCGUAUGACGACAACGACACCUUCCGCUGGCCGGACGGCACUUUCAGUCGGGUGCUGCACGUGAUCUCGCUGCCGAUUGUGGUCGGGUGCUACCUCACCAUGCCGGACGUGGGGAAGCGGCGCUGGCGGCCCUGGUACCCGGUGACGUUCGUGGUGGCCACCCUCUGGAUAGCGCUCUUCUCCUACCUGAUGGUCUGGAUGAUCACCGUCAUUGGUUUCACGAUGAACAUCCCCGACACAAUCAUGGGUCUAUCAUUCGUCGCCAUCGGCGUCUCCAUCCCAGACGUGUUGGCCAGUGUGGCAGUCGCCAGGGACGGGUACGGUGACAUGGCGGUCAGUAACGCCCUCGGCAGCAACGUGUUCGACAUCCUCUUCUGCAUGGGCGUGCCGUGGCUGAUCUCGACGCUGCUCGUCUACCCGGGGUCGUACGUCAAAGUCGACAGUGGAGGGAUGCUGUACUCGACCGUGUUUCUGUUUUCGACGGUGAUCUUUCUGCUGGUGGCCACGUACCUGAGUCGGUGGACGCUCUCCAAGCCGUACGGCAUCAGCCUGCUGGUGUGGUACGCCCUGUUCCUCUCGGUGGCCUGUCUGUACGAGAUGAACUUCUUCGGUCAGAUGACACUGCCCAUGUGUCCCAGCCUGGCCUGAACGGUGGCCGGUGUUACCAGCGUGCUGCAGACAUAGGUAGUCCGAGGGCUGUUGACCAGCUUCCUCGCUUUGAAGUCGAUUAGCUACGACCUCAAUCACAUGGUCUCGAAGAAGAAGCGAGGUUUAAACGUUGUUAGCGAAUAUCUCUCGACUCGGCCGAUAUAGGUAUCGGCAAAAAGCGAUGAAACCUAUUCGAAUCUCAUGUUGAACAAUCCUUAUUGACGUUAUCAGGCGUUGGAUAUUACAUUCCAAGUGAGUCCUAUGUAUGACCGCAGCGUGUUUGCUGAACGGUAGGACAGUGCCAUCCUCAAAGCAGACUCGGUGGGGUCCGUCGUGUCAAUGGCGCAUACUACACGCAUUCGUGACGGAACUAUUGCUGUUGGAUGGCGUCUGGAAUUGUGUGACAUGGUGGAUCGGCGCUGCCCAAAUACGAUAGGGAGGGCAGGUCUGAGGUCAUCGGUCUAUUUUACUAUCGGGGGUCGUGUACUAUUCCGUGUCCUAUGCCAUAUCUCACGUGUAUUUCAAACGGUGUGGAAGGUUUCGAGCUCACUUUAUGCUGCCUUUCGAAUGUUGUACCAGUGUUCACUACGUAAUGCAUUGUUUCAAUACCAUAUACCUGUGUGGA